AAUAAUAAUAUUAAUAUACUUAGUAUUGCUACGAAAUACUGUUUGAUUUAUUAAAAAAAUAUAAUUCUUUAAAUAAUGGUUUUGUUUUACUACUUUGUGAUAGAUUGAUGUUUAAAACAAUUUCUGUGUGAUCCGAUCUAAAAUGGUGAAAUUUAUUUAUUUGGUGAAUCCUGUUCUGUCGUGAUUUCACUAUAGGAUCUAAGUAUAUAUUUGAUGAACGUCAUCUCUGGUAUAUGCAAUCGGAAUGCAUUAUUCUAAAAAACUAUAUCUUUAAACUUUUAAUAAUAAGUUUUUCACGUUUGUCAAAUUCUAUACUUUGUGAUUUUUACAAAGUUCUUUGUAACAUUACAGAAGUAAAUAGCUAUCUACUAUUCUGUUUUCAAAAAAUUAAUUAUUGUUUAAUUAUUUUUUAAAAAAAAGUCAAUUUAAGAAUUGAAUUUUUUAUUAUUUAUUGACAAGCCUAGUGUAAUGGAUAGUUGCUCAAAUGGAAAACAGUGUUAUUCCUCAAUGUUAUCUUGGAUCUUAUUUUGAUAGACGUAUAAUUAUUAACCUUUGAAUCUUUUAUAUUAAUUCAUGUUUUUCACUAAGAUAUUUUGAAGUGACUCAGUUAAUUAUCAUAAAAAGUGAAAAUCUUUAAAAAAAUCUUUAAAAAAACAACCUAAUAAUUAUUAAAAAAAAAAAAAAAUUAUGACAGAGUAUAAACUAGUUGUUGUUGGAGCUGGAGGUGUAGGAAAAUCUGCGCUCACAAUUCAAUUAAUACAAAAUCAUUUUGUUGAUGAAUAUGAUCCUACAAUUGAAGAUUCAUAUAGAAAGCAGGUGGUAAUUGAUGGAGAAACUUGUUUGUUGGAUAUCUUAGAUACUGCAGGACAAGAAGAGUAUAGUGCUAUGAGAGAUCAAUAUAUGAGAACUGGUGAAGGAUUUUUACUCGUUUUUGCUGUUAAUUCUGCAAAAAGUUUUGAAGAUAUAGGAACGUAUAGAGAGCAAAUUAAAAGAGUGAAAGAUGCUGAAGAAGUGCCUAUGGUAUUAGUUGGAAAUAAGUGUGAUCUUCAACAAUCGUGGGCUGUGAAUAUGACACAAGCAAGAGAAGUUGCUCGCCAAUACGGUGUUCCAUUUGUAGAAACAUCAGCAAAAACUCGAAUGGGAGUUGAUGAUGCUUUCUAUACUUUGGUCAGAGAAAUAAGAAAGGACAAAGAACAUCGAGGAAAAGAAAAGAAAAAAAGGAUGCGUGCUAAUAAUUCGGGUCGUGGUCGAACGCGAUGCUGUCUACUGUAAUUUUUGUUUUGGUUCAUUUAAACCAUUAAUGUCAAAUUCCAACAUCAACAUAUGAACAAUAUAAAAAUAUAUCAUUUACUCAUAUUUCAACUUUUUGAAUUCGGUAUGCUUUAAAAGAAACUGCUACUUAUGUAUAACUUAAAUUGAAAAAUAUAUCAAGAGUAACUUUUUAUAUUAACAAGAUAAUUAAAGAUUCUUCAUAAACUUAAAUAUAAAUUUUUGUAAAUUCUCAAGCUAUAACUACAGGAUUGCCAAUAGGAUCGCAAUUAUUUUAUUUGAAAUUUUGAUAACAUUUUAGGGAUAAGUCAAUUCUAUUAUUAUCCGAAAUAUAAGUAAGUGAAAAAUUAAGUUUCAAAAGAAAAUGAUUAUUUCAUCAAUGUUUAACAACACCAAAAGUAUAUGGUAAAUCUAAUUUUAUCAAGUACUUACUUAUUGGACAAACGAAUUUUUUUCCAAAGAUCACUAAGAGUGAGCAGUAAUAAAUGUAUUUUUAGAAA